AUGAUCAGUAUAGCAAUAACAGACCCGAUAACUAUCAAGGUACGAGCGGUGCUGCCCUGCGGCACUGUGCGCUUGCGUGAUGCUGGGCACCUUGCUCACUGUUCCUGCAAUUCAUCCGUUCCAAGCACAGGCGGAACGAGUGGGAGACAGAACGACACAUACUACAACUCUGGAUACCAAGAUCAGUACCACCAAGGCUGGCAGAACGGGAGAGGGCGGGGCCGAGGCUACUUCGGAGGCCGAGGCUCGCAGAACCCCGGCUACCAGCAGCAGCAAGGCUACAGCAGCAACCGGGGGGGCAGGGGCCGGGGGCGCGGUCGGAGUCAGCCUGGCCAGUCCCAGCCUGCCCCUGAGCCCCUCCCAGACGACGUGGAGUUCCUGGCCGAGCUGAAGGGGCACACAGGCAAGGUCACAGUGGUGGCCAUGGAUCAAGGGUCGGGCCAGCUCUUCACAGGCAGCCACGAUGGGACCGUUCGGUGCGUCAGCACGGUGGAUGUGGGCGGCGAGGUGGACUCUCUCCUGCUGGAGGCUGGAUUCUUGUUCGUGGGGAUCAAGACCCCUGCCAACCAGGGCCAGAUCAAGGCCUGGAACAUGUCCACCAACCAGGAGACCGUGCUCGAAGGCCACACGGGUCAAGUCCUGUCCCUGGCGGCCGCGGGCGGGAUGCUCUUCUCCGGCGCCCAGGACGCCACAAUCCGGGUGUGGAAGCCCAGCCCCCUCGCCGGCUUCGAGUGCAGUGCUGUGCUGCGGGCCGACGGCGGUGGGCAUUCGUCCCCGGUCAGCUGCCUCUGUGCCUCCGGGCCGUACCUCUUCUCCGCAGACUUCAAGGGCAAUAUCAAGGCACGCGAGUGGCAUGUUGGAGUCUGGGACGUGACUGCCGGCGUGCUGCGCCAGGCCGUGGACCGCGCGCACUCGGGCGCCGCGCUGGCGGCCAUCACGGACCUCUUCGUCUGGCAGAACUGCCUCUUCUCCGGAUCCCUGGACGGGUGCAUCAAGCUGCCCUCCUUCGAGGGGCGGGGGGUCCUGUCCGGGGUGAAGAACGUGCGCGCCAUGACCGGGUACAGCGCCGGGAACCUGCUGCUCUCCGGCGACGAGCGGGGGCAGGUGAAGAUCUGGAGGUGGCGCGAGCUGCCCCAGGCCAACGCCGGGGCCUUCUGA